AUGGAGGAUUACAAAAUUCUUGGUCGGAUCGGCGAAGGAGCUCAUGGGCUUGUGCUCAAAGCGAAACAUAACUCGACAAGUGAGGUGGUGGCAGUCAAAAAAUUACCCAUACGAAAGCUGGAAGAUGGAAUACCUGUGAAUCUGCUCCGUGAAAUCAAGGCUUUACAGUUCCUGGACAACGAGCAUGUCGUACGUCUCCUUGACGCCUUUCCCCAAGGCUUGGCGUUUGUUCUGGUGUUUGAGUAUCUACCGUACGACUUGGGCAAGCUUAUUCGAGAAUCAAAUAUAGCUUUGAGAGUGGAUCAUGUCAAAGCCUACGCCGAAAUGUUGUUGAAGGGGGUCGCCUAUUGUCAUGGACUUGGACUGCUCCAUAGGGAUAUAAAACCAGCGAACCUUCUAAUUGCACGAGAUGGAAAACUGAAGAUAGCUGAUUUAGGCUUAUGUCGCUUAGCACGCGAUCAUGAAGACAAUAGUCGCCCCAUGUCCCAUCAAGUGGCUACUCGAUGGUACAGGGCUCCUGAACUGCUCUAUGGAUCCAAGCAAUACGAUCAUGGUGUAGAUCUCUGGGCCGUGGGUUGUGUGUUCGGAGAACUGUUGAACCGAUCUCCUUUGUUCCCAGGCGAAAACGAUAUUGAUCAGCUUAGAUUAGUACUGUAUACGUUGGGGACCCCGAGUGAAAAAAAUUGGCCUGGCCUCACGGCACUGCCGGAUUACAAUAAAAUUUCCUUUCCUCCUGCAAAAGGGAUAGAUUUUGAGGAUAUUUGUCCCGAUGCCGAGGAAGAGGCAAUAGAUUUAUUGAAAAAAUUCCUCUCAUACGACUCGACGUCUCGAAUUCGUGCCACCGGUGCACUCCAGCACGAUUAUUUCAAGCAUGAUCCUUUACCGUGUGGUGUUGAUAAAUUGCCUCAGUUUGGUGAAGACUCUGACCGCGGAACUGGGAGUAUGUACCAACUAAUGACGGAAAAUUCAGUUGGGCCUGAAGUAUUGUCGAAAGAUGAUAUCUUCAAUGCUCUUCCUCAUUUGCGUCGGUAUAAUAUGCAAACCUGA